AUGAUGACUAAGAGAGGAAAAUCGACAGGGUCGUCGAGUCAGAGGUUGAAAGAAUUAAACAGGAUAAGCGAACUACCAGAUCCAUUGAUAUGUCAGAUACUUUCUCAUCUCUCCACAAAGGAAGCUGUUAGCACAAGCGUUUUGUCAACGAGAUGGAGGAGUCUCUGGCUUUGUGUUCCUGCAUUGGAAUUGGGACAUUGGAACCUUUCAGAUUUCAGUGCCUUUGUGAGUUUUUGUGACAGGUUUUUCGACUCCAGCAGGGUUUCAUGCAUACACAGAGUCAAGUUAAAUAUCGCUGAAAAUGAAGAUGAAGCUAAUCCCUCGCAUCUCAAGUCAUGGAUUAAUGCUGCAGUUAAGCGGAAGAUCCAACGUCUUAAUGUUCUCUGUCCUCCUGAGUCCUCGUAUGUGAUGCCCGGAAGUCUUUACAAGUGUGAGACACUGGUCUCCUUAAAACUCCAGUAUUUGGAGGUGAACUUCGUCGGUGUCGAGUUUGUUUCCUUGCCUUGCCUGAAGACUCUGCAUCUAAAAUAUGUUCGGUAUAAUCGCAACGAUGCCAACUUUGAGAGACUUGUCUCCUGCUGUCCUGUCUUGGAAGAGUUGGAGGUUCUCGAAUGUGAUUGGCUCAGGGCAAUAGUCUACCGGGUGGUGUCUAGGUCAUUGAAAAAGCUCACAGUACAUAUACACGAAGAUGAACCGGAAUCCGAAUUCCGUUCAGGGUUUGUUGUUGAUGCUCCUCGGCUAAGGUUUCUGAGCAUCAACGAUAACUUAUCAGAUAGCUUUGUGAUAAAGAAUAUGGAUUCUGAUUCCAAGGUAGAUCUCUCUCUCCCCUUUGGUUUGAUCGUUUUCGAUGAAGCGAGCGUCUCAUCGAGAAGAAGUAGCGUCGGUGGUUUUCUCUCCGGGAUUUCCAAGGUCAGAGAUAUGACAAUAUGUAAAGACACUUUCAAGCUCAUCUGUAAAUACUCGAGACUAGAACCGCUGCCUCAGUUUGGUCACCUGUCCCACCUACGUGUGACUCUCUAUGUGUCUCAGAUGAAAUGGUUACCAACAUUUCUUGAAAGAUGCCCAAACUUGAAAUCACUCGUCUUGGUGUGGGAUGGUAACUCUGAGAGGAUGUGUGAGGAUGAUUGGCUUAACCCUAGAAUCAGAUUUUCCUCGGUGCCGGAGUGUUUGUUAUCGUCGCUUGAGUUUGUUGAAUUCAAAACGAGCAUCACGGGACAUGCUCCGGAAAUUACCUUGGUAAGCUACUUCCUAGAGAACUCCACAAUCCUCAAGAAACUGACGCUGCGUUUGGAUUAUUAUUACGCAAAUGAAAAGGACUUCUUCACGGUACUCCGGGUAAUCCCAAAACGCUCCAUCACUUGUCAAGUCGUCGUGCUUUGA